CUGUACACGUAAUCACAGGCUUCGUCGCGGUUUUAUGACAUCUGUGUUUUGGAUUAAAGAUGGCUGAACGUGAAGCGCUGAAAAGAGAAAUAGAGGAAUUGCAAAACCUCAUUAAUGACUAUAAAAGUACUCAUGGAGACGUUCCCUCAAGUUCUACCCAGUGGGGUCAUGCCAGACAUGGCUCAAGGAGGGGCCGGGGCCAGAGUCGGGGUCAUGCCUCACACUACACAAAGUCAUAUUCAUCACUGCCACAACCGAAUGUGCCUCAUUCUUCUGGCAGCUGGAGGAAAACAUACUCACUUAACAACCAGACCAACAGGACAGUUGGGAGCCAUGUGUCUCAUCCAGCUGUGGACCACCUGAACCAGCCUCACCAUCACAUCAAUACAUCUGGUGAUACUGCUACUGGGAAUAGUGCUGGACCUUUUGGAAUCAACAGUGUUUUAUUAAAAAAGUUGAAAGCUGAACAAUCCACGGAUAAAUCUACAACAUCUUCACUUAAUGUCCAAAGUGAGGCUUCAAAGGAGAGGAAGAGUAAAGCAAGUGAAAAAAGGACUGUCCUUAUACCUUCAACCGGAAAAGACGAUCAUGGCUGCUCAUCUACCAGUACACUAACUGACUCUGCUUCAACAUCUGACCCUGAAAUGAAGCUAAAACCAACUUUGAAAUCAUCCUCAGCUGUGAACAAUCCCUCUAUCCCUUCAUCUGUCAAACCUUCAGCUCCAGUUCAAGUCAAACCACACCUUUCCACUGCUGCCUUAUCCAACAGGACUGUUGUAAUGCCAACAUUCAAUCGAGAUUGUGCUAUGGCUUCUUCUGCCUCCUCUAACCUUCAGUCUCAGGCUUCCUUGAGUCCCACAAAGCUUCAGCUUAAGCUAGACUCAACUCAGUCAUGUGUAGACUCGCCAUGUCAAAAGAAAUCUCGAUUUACUUGGGUGAAAAACCAAGAGAAGGUAAACAUAAAAAGCUCACCUAAGCCAGUGACUUCUGGAUCCUCUCCUGUUACAGCCACUGUCAAACGAGUCGCCAGCUCCAAUAAGAAGGUGACUCGCAAGCCUAAUCUUUCCCUCGGAGCUCCUAAGACCUCAAAGUACACCUGGGUGUCUUCGUCUUGCUCCUUGUCAACAGCUGGGAAAGCAAAUGCUUUAACGAAAACGACACACAAGCCCCUUUCACCCAAAUCUCUUAAAGUCUCUGUAAGGAUAUCUCAAGGUGGACUGGAGGUACCGAUGAAAGAAAAGAGAUGUGCCACAACCUUAACAAGUUUAUCAAAAAAGACUAAAGCUACAGGUGCCUCCACAUCCCAUGCUGACCAUGCCAGCCGGUAUCGCUGGAAAGCGGCUGGACAAAACGCAACAGCAAAUGCAUCUAGCUCAAUUUCUAGGACUACCCAUAAAGGCACGGUCUAUCAAUGGACAGCUAACAAGAAUGGUCAGAAGGGGGAAAAAGUAUUUGCUCGGUCCUCAAACCCCACCUAUAUUAACCCUACUACCAGCCCACAUUCAGCUGGUGCUUUCAAGCUCCGGAGUCGAACCAAAAUCAUCAGAAGAUCUGCUAGCAGUCCCUCCUUCGAGAGAAGAUACAGCCCCGUUGUGCAAACUUUAAGGAGCCGGUAUUCGUUGUGUAGACGGACACACACUCAGGUGAAGAGUCCAACCAAUACCAGGCCCAAAGUGCUGGUUUCAUUUGGCAGACACAAGCUCCGCCGUCUCUCUCUCACCUCCACCUCACUCGGGACCUCAAGAUCAGGACCCUUAUCUUCGUCAUUGCGAAGCCCGGCAUUGCAUAGGGUCAUCAAAACACGCUACAAGAUUGACACACGUAAAGCCCAUGCAGUCCACCACAACCCGACUCUUUCCUACAGGGUCAAGAGAGUGCAUUCUGCCAGGAUCCUCCUGCAGAAUCGACUAAGGACAACUUCAGAAAGGCACUGGAGGGGGCGGAGCAUGAGAUGGAUAGGGGGAGCACUAUACAGAGUCUCAGCCAAUAAGCUCUCUCGCACUCAAACCACCUGCACACCUAACAGUAGACCAGGAGAAUGGUACAAUCCAUAUGUUUCUUCGACUGGUAAUCAGGGACGAACAUCAGCCACACGUUACGUAGCCAACCGUGCUGUGCAGAAGAGUUUAGCUAUAAUUAGACAUGCCAAACAGAAGAAACAGAAGGCCAAGCAGUACUGCAUGUACUAUAACCGAUUUGGCAAGUGCAACCAUGGUGACGCUUGCCCCUACAUCCAUGACCCUGACAAAGUGGCCGUCUGCACCAGGUUUCUCCGUGGCACGUGUAAGCAGACAGAUGGGACUUGUCCUUUCUCGCAUAAAGUAGCCAAAGAGAAGAUGCCCGUGUGCUCGUACUUUCUGAAGGGGAUUUGUAAUAACAGUAGCUGUCCCUACAGCCAUGUUUAUGUCUCUCGCAAAGCGGAUGUGUGCAAAGACUUUGUCCGAGGCUACUGCCCUCAGGGAGAUAAGUGUAAGAAGAAACACACGCUGGUGUGUCCAGACUUCUCCAGUACCGGUGUGUGUCCACGUGGAUCUAAAUGCAAGCUGCAUCACAGACAGAGCUUGAAGCGCUCCGGCUCUAACGCAAGCUUUGGACCGACCAAGAAGGCCCGUACUAGAGACAUUUUAAAAAGUUCAGAGGAAGUUCAGACACAGUCUACAGAGUCCAUACAGGCAGAUGAGGGCUCGUCCUGCGCGGGUCCUGAGAAGCUGCCUUCCUUCAUCUCCUUGUCCAGCUCCCCUGACAUGUCAGAGAACCCUGAUACCCCAAAGGUGCCCGUUGCAGCUGGCCCACAGGCCAAAGGAAAGCCACUACAUAUCAAGCCGCGAUUCUUAUAUACAACGCAGACAGAAAGCUUGCCAAAGGAGGGCUGAUGGUGGCUGUUUUAAUUGGUAAUAAACUUUGAAACAUUUUUAACUUGAUUUUUACUUUAAUAAAAUACAGUAUACAUUCUCCCAAAUUGUUACAAAAUGGUUUACAAAGUCGUUUUUACUUGAGAUGUUCACAGCUAUUUUUGGUGUGAAGUCACAUGUUUGGUUUCAGGAAUUUCGAAAUGCAAUUCUGAGAGUUGAUUAAACAUUUCUUGGAAUAUGUUCAAAAACUGUCACUAGUACAGAACUGAAUAUAUGCAUUAUAAUCAAAAACAAUUCUGAAAGAAAUGCAAAUGUUCAUAAUAAGCUCUUAAAGUUAGUUUCAGACUGUAUAUGCAAUUCUCAGGGAUUUUUAAAACGGCAUUUCUGUAGUGGUUUCUUAUGCAAAGAAAUUGUAUUAUUUCAAAUGCAAGCUUGUGAAAAUGUAUUUUCAAAAAGUGGAAAUAACUAAAUAAAAUUGCUUUCUGAUUUGCAUCGCUUUGUCUUUGUUUCUGAACAUGUUU